AUGAUUGUCGGGUUCCUUACUGAAUGUAACUUAUGGGAGAGCAGUUCAGGUCCAUGUAUGUUCUAUGGUGAAAAGCUGGUAUUAUUGUUUCAUGUUGAUGAUGGAUUGGCUAUGGGCUCUACUGAUGCCACAUCUAAGUUCCUUGAACAGUUGGGUAAAUGUUUUCAAAUCAGUGUAGAAAAAGUUGAUUACUUCUUGGGUUUACAAAUCAAGAGGUUUGACAACUGUAUUCAAAUAAAUCAAUCUGCAUAUGUGAAGAGGAUUUUGGAGAAAUGGAAUAUGAUGGAUGCAAACCCAUUGUCUUUACCCUUUGAACCAGGAUGGACACCAGGUGAGUCACCUCAUUUUAAUAAUAUUGGACUGUAUCGAGAAAUGGUUGGAAGUCCGAUGUAUUUAAAACAAGGCACAAGAGCAGUUUUAUCAUAUGCUGUUAAUGUUGUCUCAAGAGUUCAAGACUCAUCAACUCAGGUGCACUUUGCUUUACUCAAACGAAUAUUUAGGUAUCUUAAAUCAACAAUUACAGUUGGCAUUAAGUUUAUGAAGGGUAAAGACUGUAGUAUUGAAGCCUAUAGUGAUGUUGACCAUGGUGGGGACAGAGGCACUAGACAAUCAAUAAGUGGCAUCCUGCCCAAGUUCCACGGGGGGCCAGUUGUGUGGAAAAAUAAAUAA